AUGGCGGAGACUCUUCUGACUUGUUGUGUUGGGGAGCAUGAAAAAGCCCAAAAAAUUCGAAAUAGAGAACUAGAUAGAAUGCUUAAUAAAGACAGACUGACUUUUAGACGAACAGUUAGAGUGCUUCUGUUAGGUGCCGGUGAAAGUGGUAAAAGUACUUUUCUAAAACAAAUGCGGAUUAUCCAUGGGCAAGACUUCGACGAUGAGCAAGUGCGAGAAUUUAGAAUUGUUAUUUAUAACAACAUUCUUAAAGGGAUGCGGGUGCUAAUAGAUGCCAGACAGAAACUUCACAUACCUUGGGGUGAUGAAUCGUGCGCGAAAGACGCUACGAAAGUGUUUGAUUUUAAUGGGAGUGAAAAGUUGGAUCAAACACUUUUCAGUGAAUAUGUUGAUUCUUUAAAAACAUUGUGGGGCGAUAGUGGAAUUCGCACCGCUUUUGACAGGCGACGUGAAUUUCAGUUGGGUGACUCAUUGAAAUACUUUUUGGAUAACAUAGGCAGGAUCGGAACAGUUAACUAUACACCAUCAAAGCAAGACAUCCUGUUGGCAAGGAAAGCUACGAAGGGAAUUAUUGAGCAUCAGAUUAUGAUUAAAGGUGUCCCUUUCAUGUUUAUUGAUGUGGGAGGUCAAAGGUCACAACGUCAGAAGUGGUUUCAGUGUUUUGAGGGCAUUACUUCUAUCUUGUUUCUCACAUCUGCUAGUGAAUUUGACCAGGUCCUUAUGGAAGAUAGAAAGACAAACCGCCUGGCAGAAUCUUGCAAUAUUUUUGAGACAAUUGUGAAUAACCGUAGCUUCAUGUCUGUAUCCAUCAUCCUCUUCCUCAACAAGAUGGACCUCCUGUCAGAAAAAGUAGCCAAAGUCAAGAUUUCCGACUACUUCCCAGAGUUUCAAGGUGACCCCCACAAUUUAGAUGAAGUCAAGCGAUUCCUGUGCAACAUGUUUGAUUCCAGACGCCGUGAACGCAGCAAACCACUUUUUCACCACUUCACAACGGCCAUUGAUACAGAGAAUAUCAAGCACGUGUUUCAGGAUGUAAAAGAUACAAUACUUCACGAUAACCUGAAAUUACUAAUGUUGCAAUAA